AUCCUUUUUAACCCUUUUUUUUUUUUGGGGGGGGGGGUCAGUUCUGAAGGACCCCCAGCCCUUUGCCUGGAAGGAGCCGAUGUGAUGGAAGGAGAUCAGCCCCCCCUGACUCCAGAAGAGCUGACCACCCCCGCCGUGAAGAAGGCUCACACCCCAGCUCUCCAUGGGGACGCCAACACUGCCGUCAUCGCAGUGGUCAUCACCCUGGUCUUCCUCACCCUGCUGACGGUGCUGGUGGUGAUCAUCAUCUACCUGUACAGAAACAAAGGCAGCUACCUCACCUACGAGCAGCCGGCGGCCGAGACUGACGUCGCACUGCAGAUGGAGGAUGCUCCACCCAAAGAGAAAGAAGAGUAUUUUAUCUAAGACCCCCCCGCUCCGU